UUAUAUGGAAUGUAAUUCUAAGAAUAUCAUUUUAUUAAUCGGUAUAUAUAGACGUGCGGCUAAGUAUAGUUUACAAGGCCUGCUGGGUGAAUUCAAUUCAGUGAGAUACGCUUGCCGUAGAAUUGUUCAUAUACUCUAUGACAAUACAAUUACGUUAUUGUGUACGGCAUUGGAUUCAGCCAUAGGUUGAUUGGUGAGACUGCAGAAGAAGUCUUAUCUUAAACUUGAACCUAUUUCAAACAUAUCAGGAAGGAACAUGGCUGCAGGGGACAGGAUAUUGAGUCUUGACGGUGGAGGUAUUCGAGGACUCAUUAUGCUCGAGAUCUUGGAUGAGAUCGAGCAGGAAGCAGGCAAGCCUAUCAAAGACUUGUUUGACUGGAUUGGCGGUACAAGCACUGGAGGACUUAUUGCGCUGGGUAUUGCGAAGGGCAAAAAAAUAUCUGAUCUAAAAGAAUUGUACUACAAACUCAAGGACCAAGUAUUCCAAGGCGAAAAACCGUACGACUCUGAACAGAUAGAAACAUUGCUGAAACAGAAUUUUGGGAUAAACAGCGUAAUGACGGAUAUACAGCAUCCAAAGGUCGUGGUUACUGGAGUUUUAGGAGACCACAGUCCAUGGAAACUUCACAUGUUUCGUUCUUACAUGAACGGACACGAGCCAGCAGCCGAAGGAUUUUUACCUGUCAAACCACCAAAUGAGCAGCUCAUCUGGGAGACAGCCCGUAGCACGUCUGCAGCCCCAACAUACUUUCAUCCGUACAAACAGUACUUUGAUGGUGGCUUGUUGUCUUGCAACCCUACUCUUGACGUUCUCACAGAAAUUUACGAGUUCAACACUGGACCAACGCCACUGCAAAAGGCUGAAUCAGCACCAUCUCUGAAAGUGGUUGUUUCACUUGGUUGCGGCCAUUCGAAAAGUGUACCUGUACCCGUUCCAGACCCACAACUGCCCGAUAUACAAUUAAAUCUGCAAUCUGCAAUGAAAAUGGUAGAAGUGAUAGUGGAUGAUUAUAAUUUUUGCAAAGAAGUUAUAGAAAGGGUUUCUCUGUCGCAUGGGCCACCUACGGAUCGUGCCAGAGCUUGGUGCGGGAUGAUGCAGGUACCGUUCUUCCGUUUGUCCCCGCUCCUGUCAGUGAAUGUACCCAUGGACUGUGUUGAUGAACAAACGAUCAAGAAGAUGGUUGAGGAAACGAAAGCCUAUAUCGGGGAGAACAAAGCUACCAUAAAGAAGGUCGCGGAGCUUCUGACGAAGAAGUAG